CAUACAAAAUACGCCUAGUGUCUAAGUCUUAACAUUAUUAAAUCUUCCAUAGCAUGGGUCUUGCAGUUUAUUAAUUUUUCUCCAACUCACUCAUAACUGAUCUUCCUCUCUCUCUCCCUCUGUUCCUGUCAAGACAGCAGCUUUUCUGGGUUCAUGGGGGCUAAACGCUAGUCCCCGACAGUCUUCCCCAACACCCCAUUCCUCUCUUUUGCCACCUCUCACUUCCUAAACCCCUUCAUUUUUACCGUCUAACUAGCUAAACCAUCAUGGGUCGUCUCUCUUGCUGCUCUUCCAUUUUCAUCUUGAACAUCUCACUCAUGGCCUUUUCCACUGGUGUUUUGGGUGCUACAUUCACGUUUGUGAACAGGUGCGAGUACACUGUGUGGCCGGGAAUUCUCGCAAAUGCCGGCAGUGCCAGGCUCGACAGCACUGGCUUCGAGCUACCAAAGGACACUUCCCGUUCGUUUCUGGCUCCGACAGGUUGGUCCGGUAGGUUCUGGGGGCGAACAGGGUGCAACUUUGACGGAUCUGGGUUGGGUUCUUGCGUCACUGGCGACUGUGGGUCGGGGACCAUCGAAUGCAACGGCGCCGGUGCUGCCCCGCCGGCGACACUGGCGGAGUUCACUCUCGGUACCGGCGGGCAGGACUUCUACGACGUGAGCCUCGUCGAUGGCUACAACCUGCCGAUGAUAGUGGAAGGGAGUGGUGGGUCGGGAAUGUGCGCGUCGACGGGCUGCACGGUGGAUCUCAACCAGGGCUGUCCGGCGGAACUGAAGGUCGGAGACGGCAGCGCGUGCAGGAGCGCGUGCGAAGCGUUUGGGAGCCCGGAGUACUGUUGCAGCGGCGCGUACAGUACGCCCGCCACCUGCCGGCCGUCGGUGUACUCGGAGAUGUUCAAGUCCGCUUGCCCCAGAUCCUACAGCUAUGCCUAUGAUGAUGCCACCAGUACCUUCACAUGUGCCGGCGCUGAUUAUACGGUGACGUUUUGCCCCUCAUCUCCAAGUCAGAAAUCUUCAAGAGAGUCUUCACCAACGACCACAGGUACUCCAACAGAUGAGCCGGGAGUAUCAGGGUCCGGAACCUAUGAGCAAGGAGUAUCAGGGUCCGGAACCUAUGAGCCAGGGGCAUCAGGGUCCGGAACAAUGGGAUCAAUGACAAUCGGCUCAGGGUCAGGCUCAGACUCUGGAGCAAUGCUGGCAGAUGGGUCAUGGUUAGCUGGUUUAGCCAUGGGAGACUCAGCCAGGGCUCACUCUCCAUCAUCAUUCGCUGCCUCUUUAGCUCUCUCUUUCCUCCUCUUCUCCUUUGUUUACUUGUAGCCCAUCGUUCUGUUAGCUUUCAUGGUUUUGGGUUUUCCAUGUGAAUUCAAUUACAUAUUUUGCAGCCUUAAUGGGCAUUGUGGGGGGUUUUGCCUUGUGUUUGGGAAAGAAGAAAGCUAACAAAUUACUCCAGACUGUGAACCACCCACUUCAAGAUUCCCCAGAAAUAUUCAAUGUUAACGUACAUACAUUAAAAAUAUUGUCCAGUUUUCAAA